CGUCGGCCGACUCGGUGCUUGUCCAUGCAGGCGACGCCAAUCUGAAAACCGUGCGGGGCGUGGUGACCCGCUACUGCAGCGACUACGGCAUGAUUGACGACCUGAUCUACUUCUCCAAUGAGGCGGUGACUAGCAAAGUGCUUCUGAACGUGGGGCAGGAAGUCAUCGCUGUCGUGGAAGAAAACAGAGUGUCCAAUGGGCUGAAAGCAAUUCGGGUGGAAGCUGUCUCUGAUAAAUGGGAAGAUGACAGCAGGAGCCAUGGAGGACUGUCAGACUCCCACCCCCGUGUGCUGAUUGGCUGUGUGACCUCCCUGAUGGAAGGUGCUGGCUACAUCAAUCAGACCACAUACUUCUCCCUGGAGAGUGUGUGUGAAGGUUUUGAGCCCUGUAAGGGAGACUGGGUAGAGGCUGAGUACUGGAUCCGGCCAGGCACGUGGAGCAGUGAGGCCCUCUCUGUGAAGCCGCUGAGGUACAAGCGCGUGGACAAGGUCUGCAUCUCCAGCCUCUGUGGGAGAAACGGGGUGAUAGAGGACAGCAUCUUCUUCACCCUGGACUCACUGAGACUGCCUGGCGGGUACGUGCCUCGCAGAUACGACGUGGUCAGCGCCGUGGUGGUGGAGAGCAGCCAGUCCUGCUACGUCUGGAGGGCGCUGUGCGUGACCCCAGUGACAAGGCGAGACUUCGCUGCCACCAAUGAGGCUGCAGAGGAGGCCUGCGGAGCAUUUUUACUGAAAAACAAAGGGGGCCUUGAAGUCACCCGGGUGGCCAACUUUGGAACACUGAAAGAAGGGGAAAGUAAAAGCGUGGUGAUCUGGAUAGAGAAUAAAGGUGAUGUCCCUCAGAACUUAGUCAGCUGCAAACUGGCUUGCUGGGAUAGCGCUAAACAGUUCAGAGUCCAAAUGCUGGGUAAAGACCAAACAUGCCCGCUCACAUCUCUUGUUCCUGUUCCUGAGGAGGAGAAGAAUGCUUCAGAUGAAAAUUUUACCUCCUCAAAUAGCUGCAGAAAACACAAAGCCUACCAGACCUUGGAGCGCAGUGUGACGGGUGCUGGAGGUGUCCCCGCAGAUGACUGUACCUGUAGAAGAGAAAAUGGAGGGGAAGACAGCAGCCGACCACAGGAGCGAACCACAGAGCCUGGGCCUGCACAGCAGCGCACAGCGGAGCCUGAGGCUGGGGAGCUCGUCCCUCCAGGGGGCAAAACCUUCGUCAUGGUUACGUGUGAAGCAAAGAAUUCUGGCCGGUGCAAGGAGCUCCUUUUGCUUUGUUUUUCUAAUUUCCUAAUCGGGCGAUACCUUGAAGUAAACGUCGUCAGUGGUGAGGAGUCACUAAUAGCUGUUCGUGAACCAUUUUCUUGGAAAAAGCCUAAAAGCUCCCCAGCAUUGGCAUCCACGAAGACUACUGUUGUCGUGACCACACAGAAAAGGAACUCGAGACGGCAGCUUCCAAGCUUCCUCCCACAGUAUCCGAUUCCAGACAGGCUCAGAAGAUGUGUGGAGCAGAAAAUCGACAUCCUGACCUUCCAGCCGCUGCUCGCCGAGCUUUUGAACAUGUCUAACUACAGGGAGAAGUUUUCAACUCUGCUAUGGCUAGAGGAGAUCCAUGCAGAAACAGAGCUGAAGGAGUAUAACAUGAGUGGUAUCACCUUGAAAAGGAACGGGGGCCUGCUGGUUCUGGAGGUCCCAGGGCUGGCCGAGAGCCGGCCUUCUCUCUAUGCAGGUGAUAAACUGAUUUUAAAAACUCAGGAGUACAAUGGACACGUCAUCGAAUACAUCGGCUAUGUGACCGAGAUUCACGAGGAAGAUGUAACUCUUAAACUUAACCCAGAAUUUGAACAAGCAUAUAACUUCGAACCUAUGGACGUGGAGUUUACAUACAAUAGGACCACAAGCAGGCGGUGCCACUUCGCACUCGAACAAGUCGCCCAUUUAGGCGUGAAAGUGCUGUUUCCAGAAGAAAUUAUCUUACAACCUCCACAAGUGACAGGGGACUGGAGCCAUGAACCAGAAACCAAAAGUGAGGAGCAGGCCACCGCCAAGAAUAGGAAAGCCACGAGGGACCAAGCCAUGUCUGCAGCUGUGGAGAGCUACAUGGGUGGCGAGGACCUGCCAGGGCUGCUGGCCUCUGCAGCAGAGGCGAGUGAUCUGGACCGUGAAAUUCAGAUCCCUAAGGCCAGAGGGAGGGAGUUCUUUAACCCGGUGCUGAAUGAGAACCAGCAGUUAGCUGUCAGAAGGAUCCUGAGCGGCGACUGCCGCCCACUCCCGUACAUCCUCUUUGGACCUCCUGGGACAGGAAAGACGGUGACCAUCAUAGAAGCGGUUCUUCAGGUCCACCAUGCUUUGCCGGACAGCCGGGUCCUGGUCUGCGCGCCCUCCAACAGCGCUGCUGACCUUGUUUGUCUGCGGCUGCACGAGAGCAAGGUGCUGAGGCCGGGGGCCAUGGUCCGGGUGAAUGCCACCUGCAGGUUCGAGGAGACCAUCAUCGACGCCAUCCGGCCAUACUGCAAGGAGGGGGAGGACGUCUGGAGGGCCUCGCGCUUCAGGGUCGUCAUCACCACAUGCAGCAGCGCGGGACUGUUCUACCAGAUUGGAGUGAGAGUUGGACACUUCACACACGUGUUUGUGGACGAAGCCGGGCAGGCGAGUGAGCCGGAGUGCCUCAUCCCCCUGGGGCUGAUUUCUGACGCGGGUGGCCAGAUUGUCCUUGCUGGAGACCCCAUGCAGCUCGGCCCAGUCAUAAAGUCCAGGCUGGCCCUGGCCUAUGGGCUGAACGUGUCGAUGCUGGAGAGACUCAUGUCCCGGCCCGCCUACCUGAGAGACGAGAAUGCCUUUGGGGCGUGUGGCGCCUAUAACCCCCUGCUGGUCACAAAGCUCGUGAAGAACUACAGGUCCCACUCAGCCCUGCUGGCCCUGCCCUCACGACUCUUCUACCACCGUGAGCUCCAAGUCUGUGCCGACCCCAAAGUGGUGACCUCUCUGCUGGGCUGGGCAAAGCUGCCCAGGAGAGACUUCCCCCUCAUCUUCCACGGCGUGAGGGGCAGUGAGGCACGUGAAGGAAGAAGCCCGUCAUGGUUCAACCCCGCAGAGGCUGUCCAGGCCAUGCGCUACUGCUGCCUCCUGGCCCGGAGCAUCUCGAGUCAGGUGCCCGCCAGCGACAUCGGUGUCAUCACACCCUACCGGAAGCAGGUGGAGAAAAUAAAAAUUCUCCUGCGAAAUGUUGAUCUGAUGGAUAUAAAGGUUGGAUCAGUAGAGGAAUUUCAAGGGCAAGAAUAUUUGGUUAUCAUCAUUUCAACUGUACGAUCAAAUGAAGACAGGUUUGAAGAUGACCGAUACUUUUUGGGUUUCUUGUCCAACUCAAAACGGUUUAAUGUCGCCAUCACCAGACCCAAGGCCUUACUGAUUGUGCUGGGAAACCCACACGUCCUCGUCAGAGACCCCUGCUUCGGAGCUCUGUUGGAGUACAGCAUCACCAACGGCGUGUACACCGGGUGUGAUCUGCCUCCUGAACUGCAGGCACUGCAAACCUGUGACUAGAUAGCAGCCCUCCCGCCUUGGAGUGCCGAUCUGUGGGGCCAGAGAGGGGGCGGGAACCACCACAUGCCUGUCUGUGGACCCGGCCCGCAGCCCUCCUGCCGCCGGGGUUUGCUCCGAGAUUCACGUGCCUGCCCCUCGUUGCACAGCCCCACAUAGGAGGCCGCCCGCUUGUCUGAGCUGUUCCUGCCCCAGUGGGUCCUGCCCUGGGCAGUCCCUGUUGCCUGUCUACCCUGAAAUAAAUGCUCGAGUGAGUCUCUGCCACCUUUCCACCUCGAGACGUGCCUGUGUGGGUGACGAGAAGGGUUUCAUGUGUCCUCUGAACAGCU